AUGACCAAGCCCGUUAAAGUCUUCUUUGAUAUCUCCAUCAACGCCAAGCCUGCUGGUCGUUUGACCUUCAAGCUGUUCAACGAGACCGUCCCCAAGACCUCCGAGAACUUCAGGGCUCUAUGCACUGGUGAGAAGGGCAAGUCUGCCCUCUCCGGUAUGCCCCUGACCUACAAGGGAAGCAAGUUCCACCGUAUCAUCCCUGGUUUCAUGGCUCAGGAUUUCACCCGUGGAGAUGGACGUGGAGGCGAAUCCAUUUAUGGAGCCAAGUUUGCCGAUGAGAACUUCAAGAUUGCUCACAAGGGUCCCGUUUUGUCUAUGGCCAAUGCCGGACCCAACACCAAUGGAUCCCAGUUCUUCAUUUGCUUCCAGGAUACUCCCUGGUUGGAUGGAAAGCACACUGUCUUCGGAAAGAUUGAGCAGGGCGAGGAACUCUUGAAGAAGUUGGAGGCUGUCGGAACCCCAAGUGGUGCCCCCACUGCCACCGUUGAGAUUGCUGACUGCGGCGAGAUCCACGAUUAA